AUGGCAUCUGAAGCAAUUAACCUCGUCGCUAUCAUUUAUCCCAAACCUGACAAGGCAGCGGAACUCUCCGCUCUCAUGGCCGAGGUCACCCAAAAGGUCCAGGCCAACGAACCAGACACUCUUCUCUAUUACGCUUUUACCAAUGAGCAGAACAAAGAUGAGAUUAUUGUUGUGGAACGAUACCGCAACGCAGCGGCCUUGGACGCACAUGUGAAAGGCCCCCAUUUCCAGGAAUUCGUGAAAAAGGCGUCGGCGCUGAUGGCUAAGCCAUUUGAGCUCAAGAAGGGAGGGUUCUUACCUGCGUCUGCGGGCGUUGCUAGGCUGUAA